UAUCACUUCUACUAAUUGUCAUCUCCUUUUCUUCUUUACUUGUCCAUGACCCACUGUUGCUGGUAGCUCGUUAUCCUAGAAGGUCCGGGGCUGUUUGGUAAGCUCCUCCCAAAAGAAGCUGACUGGGACGUUUGCUCCAGCGCAAAUCGUAACCCUGGCAAGCUGCCUAGGCAAACAAGGCCUAAAAGACUCGGGGCUGUUGGUCCUUCUGACUUCUUCACCCGCAAGCUUCCAUUUGAGGAAGACAAUCUUGAGCAGUCAUGGCUUCUCCAGCCCUCCACCCGGUCAAACCAGGACUGGUCGACCCAAGACGACCUGGAGAAUACCCCAUUAUUCUCGGCGACAGCCUGAAAGGCCGUGAAAGCUCGAAUGGCUUUGUGAACAUUCGUUACAACUGGCAGCCAAAAUCUGGGUUCAAGUCGCGCGACAGCAAACUUGCAAAAUCCGGCGACAAAUAUCAACUCGUCGUUCAAGGCGAAGACUCAGAUGAUGGAGAAUACCAAUAUGACGGGACACUCGAAUCACAAGAAUCUGGCAAGGGCGAUGAGAAACCUAGCUCAUUGGCUCUCAUAUUCGACAAAUCCAAAUCGGCAUUCGUCCUGGAAUCGAUUUCUUCGUCCCUCGACAUGAACCUCAAAUCCGGCCCAGGACAGUCCUCAAGAGAUGCCCGUGACCUCCCACGAUUACCCACGACUUAUCGUCCUUCUCGACUUUCUGCACAAGCAGACUCUGAUGGAGGCACCUCCCCUUCGGCGGAUAACGAAACACCAGACCCUUCCAACCCCUACGACUUCCGGCACUUUCUAGCCGAAGCACGCGAAAACAUGGAGAAGUCCGCACAGCCAGGAAAUCGAACACCAAUCCCAGGCGCAAUGACUCCAUUAAGCGGCAUAUCCACGCCCGUCCCAGGCUCAAGCCGUUUCAAGGCCACGACACCACAGUUCCGACCUACCUCGAAACCACCAACAAAGGGCGGGAAAAGCCCUGAUCCCCCACGCGCCCGCGGCUCGUCCGGUCCUUCCAAGACCGGGCCAAAACGAGACACCACAAAACCCUCCUCAUCUUCAGCGCAACCACUUAGUAAACCUCGCAUCACCGACUCCGAUGAUGAAGACGACGACGAAGCAGCUAGUACAAUCGACGUAUCUCGGAUCGUCUCCAGACCUUCUAGCACCUCGACCAAGCCGACGACAAGCAAAUCCACACAUCCACCAGCCCGCAGGGGCCAUCAUGCGCGGACAAUAUCCGCCAACAUCGGCAGCUCGCCUCACAUCAUCAUCAAUGACGACGACGGCGACCUGCAAAUCGACAUGGGCAGCCCUCCGCCCGAAGACCGUGCCAGGCGCACACGUGUCGAUCCGGAGAUGUUCCGCAGCCACACGGGCACGCCUGUCGGCGGUCUCAGUGCAAACCACAACCGACCCUCCUCUAGACCGCUAUCUCGCGCCGCCGCAGCCACCGAGAACGACAGGAUUCGCCGGGACCGGGACCGAGACCGAGACCGGGACGUGACGAUGAAGGACAUCGAAGCCGCGUCCACCAACUCCGACGACGAGGACGGGGACGUCGAGGAAUUCGAGCUCGGCAGUCCACGAGACAAGAGGCUGGGUGUCAGGGCCGGUGGGGAUGUAUCUAUGAUGGACGAUAACGAGGACGCGCAGAGGCAGACUGCGGCGUCGGCGCCGACACCGCCAGCCCCGGUGGUGAAGAACAAGGACGACGACGACGAUGAUGACGACGCAGAUCUUCUCGAAGCCGCGCUGGAGGCUGCGCUGGAGGAGGAAGAUGAGCAGGCGGGGCACGGUGUCGGAUUGGGGAUCGGGAUGGGCGCCCAGGAUGAUGAGAGCGAGGUCAGUGAGGAGGAAUAGUGGGCUCUACCUGUCUGAUCUAGAUUUUUCUUGACUUUCCCAUUCCGGGGCCGCGCCAAUAGAUAUGUCCAACGUCGAUGCAACAUCUAUUCAAGCUUGGGUGGAGUGGUUGCAAGCGAUGCAAGGCUUGGAUGGUGUACGCUACGAGAGGCCGUGCUCGACAUGAGCACGUUGACAACUGAGGGAGAUAGACGCCUGAUUUCGCACACCGGCCAGGUGUUGGCGCUAACAUAGCAGUAAACUCUCAUGCACAGGUCAACGAGGAUAAGAGAGCCAUAUGGACCGAAAGAAGCUUGCCGAUUUGAAUCUCAUGCUUUUCACUGUCUGGG